GUUAUCAAAUGUUGUGUUCCACUGCCCCACCAAUCUCUGACGCAUAGGCAUCCGACAUUGUCGCGGUUGCGACCUUGUGAUUUAGAUUCGUUGCCAUUAAUAAACACGAUUAGUUAUUUCUUUACUCAGUACCUAGAACAUGGAUGAUCGAUGGCUUAUUUAACAUUUUUUCUUUGGUUCAAGUUUUACUGACUUCAGGAAUCAUGGAGACAUUUAAAAAAAGAUCCGGUACAACCAACAAAGGCAUUGACUAUGAAAACUUUAUGACCGCCAGCAUCGGCAUUAAUUGGGCCACUAACGACCAAAUAGAAGAUUUUCAUUUAUCGUCUAAUGAUGAAAAUUUUGGUGCAUUUGAUGAUGUAGUUAUAAAAGUAAAAUCAGUAACAGGUAGCAAUGUCUCUGCUUUACAACUUAAACACAACGAUCGAGGUAACUUACCCAUAGCGAAGCUCAAACAAGAACAUGGAGAUUUCAGCAUAAAAAAAUAUUUCAUUUCUGCUCAAAGUAUAAACUGUCACGUAGACAGUUAUAUUUUAUAUACUAAUCUUAAGCUUAACGUUAAAGAAAAUACUCGAUUUUGGCUUGAUGGCGAAGAUUUCCAGGUAGGAUUAUCAAAAUUUGAACCAAAAGACGUAAUUUUUCAGUUUUCUGAUAAAUUAAGUCAUUGUUAUAAAUGUCAUGUUGUUGAAGUCGACUAUACGUACGAUUACUCUCCAGAAAUUUUGAUGUAUAAGAAUUUUUUUCAAAAAUUUUAUUUGUUUGUUAAUCAAGAUAAUUCUAGAACUCUUGAAGCAAAAAUAGCCGAGAAAUUUAAAAAACUAUUUCUUGCUAAUCAAACCGAAUGUGAUGCAUAUAUGAAAAUGAUAUCGAGGUGGAGUCAACAACAAGGCGAAAAACUUAAACUGUGUAAAAGUUGGGUGCAACGUGCCAUUGCACUUACGCUUUUAUCAUCUCGAAUUAAACCGUUGUCUUUUGGGAGUAGUGUCAAUGAGAAUAUGCAAAUUCUACGAGAGGCAAUUUCUGCUUUCACUGUUACGGUGUUUGAAAAUAAUACUUACCAUAAAAUUAAAGACUUAUGGGGCGAUGCUAUGAGUCAGAUUAAAGAUACUAAAGAAUUAAAUAAAACACGAGAAAUGUAUCAUCUUAGCCAGUCUUAUAUCAAAAGUCUCGACAAUUUAGAUCUAAAACUAUUAAAUACAUUGCUGUGGUUGAACGGUAAAUGUCCAAUAAUUGUAACGGAAGAUGCAGUCGUUCAGAAAAUGAUUAAGUUAUGUCCAGAAGCCAAGUUUAUUGUUCUUGUAGACGACAUUAGUGAAGAAAUUACUGGUUACGAUUGUUCAGUUUUUCGAGAUUUAUCGGACUUAAAGGCACCAUGCAGAGAUACAAUUCUCGAAAAGUUUAAUUUUUCUAUUCAAGGAAAGGGAGCGGUCUGUUUAAAAAAUGUAUUUAGUUUUGAUUUUCUUCACGCUAUAAGGACAAGCGAUUUGGUGGAAAUGUUGCAUGGACCAUAUGUUGUAGGAGGACUACAAGACGAUCUUCCGGAACCAUACAUCGACCGGUAUUUAUGGCGAAAUAUUAUAAAUGUCAAAUAUUUUGAAAAUAAUGAUGAAGACACUUUAAUUGUAAUAGAUUGCGUGCAAGAAAUCGAUUCAUUAAAGCCGAAAUUAAAGAACUGCAAUAUUCUUAAUGUCGAAGACUACCUAAACGAACAGUCGAAUGAAAGAACAGAAAGUAGUACUUUCAAAAUCAGUGUUUUCAUUACUCCCAACAGGUGUCAAAAAAUGCAUUUUGAUGCGAUUUGCGACAAAAAUAAAGAUACAAAGAACUACCACCACUUGAGAUUUAUAGAUGUCGACAGUUUUGAAUGGAUUCAAAGUAAAGGAAAUAUAAGCAGUUUGGAAGAGCACAAAAUGACUAAUUUUAUUUUGACAGAAAAGGAGUUAUGGUCUGGAAAACUUGAGAACAAUAUAAAUUUGAUUGUUAGUAAUCCAGGAAUGGGAAAAACCGAAUCAAUGAAAAGUUUAAAAAACACAUCUCCUUCAGAAAUCUGGACCAUCUUUAUGAACCCGACAGAUAUGUGUCUGUUUUCGAAAUACGUUCAUGGAAAUAAUCUCGCUAACAACUUAGACACUUUGCAAGAUUUUCUUUUAACUGAGAAAUACAAAUCCAGUGAUGAGCGAGCGAAAGAGUUUUUACCAGUUUUUGUUAAACAGGACCAGGUGUACUACGUUUGGGAUGCCCUCGACGAAGUCCCAGUUGAAUAUUUAGAAACGAUUACAAAUUUAAUAGUCCAGCUUUCUGAACAAGGUAAAGUCCAGUGGAUAACAAGUCGGUUUCAGCUGAAACAUUUAUUAGAAGUUAAAUUUAACGUGCUUUCUUUAAAUUUAUGUCAAUUCAGCGAACAGGAACAAAUUAUUUACAUUAAAAAACGCCUUGAGAACGUCGACACAAUCGAAGAUAUUGAAGAAAUUAUAAGCACAGUUCGAUCUUCAUUUGCAUUAGUUGAACAUAAAGAAAUCUUAGGCAUACCUUUACAAAUCUUUAUGCUUACAAACUUGCUUCGAAAAAAUAUAAACAAAUAUUUUACACUUCUUAGUGAUAUAUUUGUUUUGACUGAUUUAUAUCAUUACUUUGUGGGAGAGAAGAUGGAGGUCUAUUUUGAGAAAACAAUGGGUGAGGAUUUUAAAAAGUUCUCUUCUGUAUCAGCAGUAAAAAUACUAGAAGCUGCAAUUCUCAAAUACCACCAAGACUUAGCCCUAAGAACAUUAUUCUCUGUAGACAUCCUUAAGAAACUUAACAUCGAUUUUGAAAAUAACUUUGAGGACUCUAAAGAAGAAUACGUUUCGGUUGGUUUAUUAACAAAGAUAACGUCAAAGCCGGCUUGUUUUAUUCAUAACUCUUUUGCGGAAUAUUUCGCAGCGCUUUAUUUCUCUCAAAAUCAGCGGCUUUCUUCUAUUUUUGUAGAUGUGAUUUUUGAACCAAGAUUUGUAAAUGUGCGAUUUUUUUUCGAUUUGCUGUUGGCAAAAGAAUCGCCAGCUCAUGUGGCAGUAUUAUACAAGAACAUAAAUUUAUUGGAGAAAUAUGGACAUCAAAUUCGCACAGGUACAGAUGCCGGUGACAGAAGUGUCCUACAUGUAGCUUCUUCUUGGGGACAGAGACAUCCUCAACUGGAUGUUGCAACAACUGCUGACGCUUACAUCGUAGACGAUUCAGGAAUUCCUCAUAUUGGGGUUGAAAAGGCUGAAAAUUUAAAGAUCUUAAAUUAUUUAUUAACUACCUGUGAUUUAUCUCAAUACGAUACGUUGUUCAAAAUGACACCGUUGUUGUAUGCUCAAAGAAGUAACUGUCUGGUCAUAGAAUUAAAGAUUUUAAAACAACUAAACAGAAAUUUAUUGCACCUUCCUGUCGAAAAUAUAGUUAACAUAUUAUAUUAUACAGCUGUAUGUGGAUAUGAUGAUGUGAUAGAUCAUCUAAAUUUAGAAAUAUCAGCCUCUACUGAUGGACAAGACUCAAAUAUAUUGAGACUUGAUCAAAAGAUUUUGGAUGCUAGAAAUGCUAUGAAUGUGACCCUCCUUCAUCAAGCCUCUGGUGGAGAAUGUGAGAAAAUUGUUAAAUUUUUAGUGGAACAGGGUGCCAAUGUAGAUUCUUCUGACACUUUGGGGGCUACACCUCUAUACGUUGCAAGUCAAAUAGGUUAUCACAAAAUUGUAGAAUUUUUAGUUGGAGCUGGUGCCGAAAUUAAUCGCGGUAAAGUGAACGGUGUUACGUCUCUGUUUAUAGCUUGUCAGUUUGGACAUAUCAAGGUUGUAGAACGUCUACUUGCACUAGGCGCAGAUCCAAAUAAACCUAGAGAUAAUGGAGCAACACCUCUUCACAUCACUUCUGAAUUAGGAGACGAAGAUUUAACACAACUUUUAGUUGCAUCGGGUGCCGAAAUUAAUUGCGGUAGAACGGAUGGUUUUACGCCUCUGUCUACAGCCUGUGAAUUUGGACAAUUCAAGCUUGUAAAACGUCUGCUUGAGCUAGGCGCAAACAUAAACCAGUCUAGAGAAACUGGCGUAACACCUCUCCACCUAGCUUGUGAAUUCGGAUACGAAGACAUUACAGAACUUUUGCUUGCAUCAGGUGCCGAAAUUAAUAGCACUAGAGUAGACGGGAUUACGCCUCUAUUUACAGCUUGUCAGUACGCACAUAUCAAAAUUGUUGCACGUCUACUUGCUCUAGGGGCAGACUCAAAUCAGCCUAGAGAUACGGGCGCAACACCUCUUCACAUAGCUUGCGAAAAAGGACAAGAGGAAAUUGUAGAACGUCUAGUUGCUUCAGGUGCAGAAAUUAAUCACACGAAAGUAGUUGGUGUUACUCCUCUUUUUACCGCUUGUCAGUUUGGGCAUAUCAAGAUAGUGCAACGUCUAAUUGCGUUAGGAGCAGACCCAAACCAGUCAAGAGAUGUCGGGGCAACACCUCUUCACGUAGCCUGCGAAUUCGGACACAAAGAAGUCAUAGAACAUUUAGCUGCAUCGGGUGCCGAAAUUAAUCGUGGUACGGUAGACGGUAUUACUCCUCUUCUUACAGCUUGUCAGUUUGGAUAUAUCAAGAUUGUAAAACGUUUACUUGCGCUAGGCGCAGACUCAAAUCAAGCUACAAAUACUGGUGAUACACCUCUUCACGGAGUUUGCGAAUUCGGAUACGAAGAAAUUAUAGACCUGUUAGUUACAUCGGGCACCGAAAUUAAUUGCCGGAGAGUGGACGGCACAACGCCUCUUUUUACUGCUUCUCAGUUUGGACAUAUCAAGGUAGUAGAACGUUUAAUUACGCUAGGUGCAAAUCCAAACCAGCCUAAUAAUGUUGGCGCAACACCCCUUCACGUAGCUUGCGAAUUCGGAUUCGAAGAAAUUAUAGAACUUUUAGUUGCAUUUGGUGCCGAAAUUAAUCGCCGGGGACUGAAUGGUAAUAGCCCUCUUGCUAUGGCUUCUGGAUUUGGACAUACCAAGAUUGUAGAACGUUUACUUAUGUUAGGCGCAAAUCCAAACCAACCUAAUGACAUUGGAGCAACAGCUCUUCACAUAGCUUGCGAAUUCGGGUACGAAGACAUUACAGAACUUUUAGUUGCAUCUGGUGCCGAAAUUAAUCGGGAUACGAUGGAUGGUAGCACGCCUCUCUUUGUAGCUUGUCAGUUUGGACAAACCAAGGUCGCAGAACGUCUACUUGUAUUAGGUGCAGACCCAAACCAGCCGAGAGAUAUUGGCGUCGUACCUCUUCACGUAGCUUGCGAACUCGGACACGAUGAAAUUGUAGAACUUUUAGUUGCUUCGGGUGCAGAAAUUAAUCAUGGAACAGUGUUCGGUAUUACUCCUCUGUUUAUUGCUUGCGAAUUUGGACACAGAAAAGUUGUAGAACGUCUACUUGUCCUAGGCGCAAACAUAAACCAGACUAGAAAUACAGGUGCCACCCCUCUUUACGUAGCUUGUGAAACAGGACACGAACAUAUUGUCGAACUUUUAGUUGCAUCAGGUGCCGAUAUUAAUUUAGCGACAUAUUUUGGCCCUUCACCACUUUCAAUAGCUUUGGAAAAAGGUAAUGAGAAAAUUGUUGAGAUUUUGAGGGGACGGAGUAAAUCAAGCCUACCAAGAUUUAAGGCAUUUGCUGGUAAAAGUAAAUGUGUAGUGCUUUGAAACCAAAAAUAAGUCAACAAAAUGUGACUUGAUGGUUGAAAUAUUUAUAAUACAAAAAGUAGUACUAUUUUUCUACGGAUUUUUAUUUUAUACUAUUAUUUUAUUUUAUUUGAAUAUGCAUCAUUCGAACUUAAAACUAUACUUGUUAGUAUUACGAAAUUUGGCAACAUUUGGUUAAAUUUGUCUUUACGUAAUAAGAAAUAUCAUAUUUAUCCAUGACUUCUUUAGAGUUUUAACAACGAUUCUAGACUGAAUACAGGUGCAUCUCGUCAAAUUUGUUACUACGUUGUUUGAAGGUUGUAAAUAAUGAAAACAUUGUUGUAAUUUGAGUACACGUAAUAUCAUCACUUGCUGCCAUUUUCUAUCAUUGUUCGGGUAUCAAUUUUUGAAACGAGUAUCUGAUAUUCAACGGAAUACGCAAAUAUAUUGGCCCAAAUCAAACGUAUGAUGAAACGAUCUUACAAAAUCUUCCCUUUGGUGUGAAUCUUAUAGAGUACCGCUGAAAUUAUGGAGGCUAUGAAGAAAUAACUUGGAAGUGUCUGCUUAUAGACGGAUUUUCUGUAUCUAGCUAUUACUUUUUAUUUAUUAUGGAAGAAAUUUUGAGAAACUGAUGAUUCCUCCGUCGAACAGAUCAAAAUAAUUUCAAGAACUUUCAGAUGCUUGAAGUUGUCAAAACCUCAUAAAUAAACAGCCCAACAAGAUUUUUGUAUGUGUAGACCAUAAAUAUUUUGGGACAAAUGUUUUUGAAUUUUUGAAUGGAUAAAUGUUCAAAUGGGAGCUGCACUUAUUUUACCUUCAGUAAACUAAAACUGAAACUGAAAAAUAUAGAAGACAUUUACCUCCAGGAUCGAUUUCUUCUUCCCCGAACUUUCCGUUUUUCUCGUAUUCUAUUUCCUGAAGAAACUCUUAUGGAAGUGGGUAAACCGUUAUCAAAGUUAACAAGCUCCAAGCCCAGAAAACAUAUCUCUCUAAGUUACUCUGACCGUGAAAACCUUCGAUCACCAAGAAUUCGCAAAUUUGUAAACCUUAUUGUUUCUUUAACAAAUUGAGAAAAACGAUAGUUUUCUAUUAAGUUAUUUAUCAUUUUAUUGUACAAAGAAUUUUCUGUAAAAAAAAUGCAUCAAUCAAAGGAAACCAGUAUUAAAAUGUUUAAUUUAAAAAAUAAGAAAAUUUGUUGAAAACGACAAAUGUUUUAAGCAAAAUUUUGGUUGUUUUAUGAGUUAUGACCAAAAUGACAAGUAAAAGUUGUAUACUGUAGUGUGUAAAAAAAUUAUACACUAGUGUAACCAAAAUAUUUUAAUUUAGAAUGCUAUCAUCGUCGAAAUUCCACGGGUUUUAUACUUUUUGAAACCUGGUUUCAGGCUUUAAUUAGCUCUAUGAAUAUAUGUACUUUGUUCAGAAAAACUUGUGUAGCAAGUGGGAAGUUACUGCCCAAUCAACAUCGCUCUUAAUUUUUGUCAACUAGUUAACUUGAUGAGGUUUAGUGAAACAAUACUAAUAUUUUGUUUCUUGACACUCGAAAUGAGUGAUCUACAACUAGGCUGACAUAAGAGGAAACUGUCAUCAAAUUAGCAUUCCGUAACAGGUUGCCUACGUGUAUGUUUGUUCAGCUAAAUCUUUAACUGGGUUCUUUCUGCUUGGUGCAUUUUAUACGCCAAGUAAAAUGUAUUAGUCACCUUAAGUUAGGUUACAUAAUAAGUUAUACAGAUGUGUGUAUUGUAUUUUGUUGUAUCUGUAUAUGAUAUUUAUAGUUAUAUACAUAUGUAUAUAUUGGAAUUUGUUAUCAUUGUGUUAAGGUGCGAUCAGCAACAAUGCCCUCAAAUUGGUGUUGACCAAACGUAUAGUCUUAAUUAACUCAAAAUCCAACGCCAAUUUGAGGUAUGGUUUUUGCUGAUUUUACAUAUAUUAAUCACUGUAUAGUGGCAUGUAAAUAUAUAUAAAUAACGCAUGAAUAACAUAAGUUUAGAUAGAAAGAGGCUGGAUUAACACACGUAAAUUUAUCCUAUCACUUUCCAAUUACAAUUAGCUCUCUUGCUGCCUUGGUCUAAACUUUUGUUGUUUAUACCAUAUAGUAAGUAUAUUAUCAUUGUAAAUAUAUAUUAUACAAUAUUGUCUAAUGCUAUAGAUGUCGUGGUGAAUUGCUCUAUUAUUUUGUAUUAUU